CGAGAAGGAACCAUCGGCUCCGUCCGUCAAGUCAGUUUGUAAACAAUGGCUGAAUACUUGGCAUCGAUUUUCGGCACGGAGAAGGACAAAGUCAACUGUAGUUUCUACUUUAAGAUAGGAGCAUGUAGGCAUGGAGAUCGUUGCUCCAGGAUCCACAACAAACCCACCUUUAGCCAGACUGUGUUGAUCCUAAACCUGUACUGCAACCCCCAGAACUCUGCCAAGUCAGCUGAUGGAUCCCACUCAACAGUCAGCGAUGAGGAGAUGCAGGAGCACUACGACAACUUCUUUGAGGAGGUUUUCGUGGAGUGCGAGGAUCGGUAUGGAGAAAUUGAAGAGAUGAAUGUGUGCGACAACCUUGGGGACCAUCUUGUUGGCAAUGUGUAUAUAAAGUUCAAAUACGAAGAAGAUGCUGAAAAGGCUGUUGUUGACCUCAAUAACCGGUGGUUUGGGGGUCGAGCAAUCCAUGCAGAGUUGAGUCCUGUAACUGACUUUCGAGAGGCAUGUUGCCGUCAGUAUGAAAUGGGAGAGUGCACACGCAGUGGAUUCUGUAACUUCAUGCAUCUGAAACCAAUCUCUCGAGAACUCCGAAGAGAAUUAUACGGACGGAAGAGGAGGAGAUCUCACUCCCGAAGCCGCCGCCGCCACAGGUCGAGGUCAAGGUCACGUGAGCGCAGGCGGGAGAGCAAGGACAGAUCUUCGGUGCUUGACAGGUUCUCCACCCACUCCCAGGAAAAGGACCAGAGGGAAGGGAGAUUCGGUCGCUACUGAGCAAGGGGUGGCACUGGAGGCAUUGCAUUGUGGUUCUUAGGAAUUUAAGUUAAUUAACAUAGUUUGUUGAAUCAUUUCGCAUGAUUGAUUUCAUUCAUAAUAUGUAUGUUUGGGAUUGUCAACAAGCCAGGUUAAAACUGUUAAGAGGUUAUUGAAUGUUAUUCUCAUUCUUUGUCACAAGAAGAAAUAAGGAUUAAACAGAGGUCAUUCUCAACUUGCAGAUGGAAAGUGGCAAUAUUAGUUUAUGUAAUUGUAAUAAGGAGAGAAAUUCACAUGUGCAAAAUUGUGUUGCAUGUUGCAGCUAUUUGGUCCCUCCAUUACCCUUGAUCUGGUUGCAUUUUGUGACAUAUAAAUCCUCAUUUGAUACUGGACAAAGGCUUUCCAUGUAGCUAGAAGAUUAUGAUAUGUGUAUAAGACUUAAUUCAUAGUCAGAAAACUAUUUGUAUCCUGUAAAAGGAGAAAGCCUUAGGUGUAGUUUUGACUCUUUGACUGAGUAAAAAGUACAUUAGCUUUAUGUUGAUUUCUGUAAAGUAACAUAAUACUUUUAAGAUUUUCAGUGGAAGGUCCAAGGCCACGAAAGGAUCUCAGUAAGGUAUUUAGGUUUUAUUUUGUGAGUGAUGAAUAUUACCUCUAAUACUGUGAUGGAAAAAGUGAUAAAAGUAACCUUUGGUUGUAAAGAUUAUUUAUUUAUUGUGGAAGUAAAGAAAUAACUACCCAAUUAAAAUUCUGACUCAGGUGGAUAAAGAACUGAACUAGAUGGCUUCUUCAGCACUGAUAAUAAAAUAAUGUUUCUUCAUGAAAUUUAAGGUGAAAAAGUAACAAAGGUAGCUUUAAUUUCCUAAAUUAUAAACAUAGAGGGAGAAAUUAGCGUGAUGCAGAAAUUGCUGCAGCCAAAAAAAAA